CGGCGGGAGGCGGAGGCGGCGGGAGAGGAGGAGAGAGAGGAGCGGAGCGAAGAGAGGAGCGGCGGACUCCGGGGCCGCCCGGGAGAGCCGCGGCGGCGGGAGAGCCCCGAACUCCGCGCAGCCCCCGCCACCGCUCGGCAGCAGCCGCGGCACCGCGCCGGGGUCCUGCCCUCCUACAGUUCCCGCUCCUCUGCCAGUGAAGAGGGAGGUGCAGGGGACACGGCUUUAAUUUUUUUUUUUUCAUUAUCUUUUUUUCUUUUGAGGGGAUGCUGAGAAAGCAAGCCUUUCCCCUCCCGUGUAGCACAUUGCCUGGGCGUUCCUAUUAUGGAAGUUAAGUGAGAAACUCUGCAGCUUGAACUGAUUUGGGGAGAGAAAGGGAGAGAGAAAGGGGGUAGGGGGAGGGCGAGAGCGAGAGGAAGGCAAAAUAGCCGAACCAAACCAAUGGUUUUCCUGCAAAGUGCCGGGAAGUUUGUGGAGCACUUUCUAGGAAUCAGGUCCUUUCUCAGAGUCUCUCCUUGUCUUCCGAAGAAAGAGCUUGCUUUUGGAUUGCCAUGGAUCCUAAAGAGAGUCUUAGACACACUUGAAUAAUUCCCCUGCUUGGGCUGGAUUGGUGGGAAUUUAGGAAGGAGCGUGUGUGCAAAGCAGAAGCCUUCGGAGCUCACUCGCUGCUUCUCUAAUCUGUAUGGAUCUAAAAGUGUCACAUUCAAGACCUUUGCAUCUCCAGCUUUUGAAUUGAAGAUUUCCCUUUCCACUUUAAGUAGCUGCUAGGAAACUGAAAACUUUUGAACCUACCUCUUACUGGCUUUGGAUACUUUUUUUUCCUUUUUUUCUCUUUUUUUUCCCCUUUUUUUCUCUUUUUUUAAAUCUCUGUGGAAUUGGUCUCGCAAGCGAUCGGGAUUGUUUUUAAUAUGUCAAAAUGGGUCUGCUGACGCCACUCCUGCUCUUCGGAUUUGCGUUUUUACAAGUCUAUGGAUCCCGUCUCCGCCAAGAGGACUUUCCACCACGGAUUGUUGAGCAUCCUUCAGAUGUGAUAGUGUCUAAAGGAGAGCCAACCACUCUGAACUGCAAAGCAGAGGGAAGGCCCACCCCCACCAUCGAGUGGUACAAGGACGGCGAGCGGGUGGAGACGGACAAGGAUGACCCGCGCUCCCACCGGAUGCUGCUGCCCAGCGGAUCUUUAUUUUUCCUACGCAUCGUGCACGGGCGCAGGAGUAAACCUGACGAGGGGAGCUACGUUUGUGUAGCAAGGAACUACCUUGGAGAAGCUGUGAGUCGCAAUGCAUCUCUGGAAGUGGCAUUGCUACGGGAUGACUUCCGCCAGAACCCUACGGAUGUGGUGGUGGCAGCUGGGGAGCCGGCAAUACUGGAGUGCCAGCCACCCCGGGGGCACCCCGAGCCCACCAUCUACUGGAAGAAAGAUAAAGUCCGCAUCGACGACAGGGAGGAGCGCAUCAGUAUCCGUGGUGGGAAGCUGAUGAUCUCCAACACCAGAAAAAGUGAUGCAGGGAUGUACACGUGUGUGGGGACCAACAUGGUGGGCGAGCGUGACAGCGACCCUGCAGAGCUGACUGUCUUUGAGCGGCCCACGUUUCUCAGGCGACCGAUUAACCAAGUGGUGCUGGAGGAGGAGGCCGUGGAUUUCCGGUGCCAGGUGCAGGGGGAUCCCACACCCACAGUCCGGUGGAAGAAAGAUGAUGCAGACUUACCAAGAGGAAGGUAUGACAUCAAGGACGACUACACCCUGCGCAUCAAGAAAGCCAUGAGCACCGAUGAAGGAACCUACACCUGCAUCGCCGAGAACCGCGUUGGCAAAGUGGAAGCCUCUGCUACGCUCACCGUGCGAGCUCGCCCCGUUGCUCCCCCACAGUUUGUGGUGAGACCACGAGACCAGAUUGUAGCCCAGGGUCGAACUGUGACUUUUCCUUGUGAAACUAAAGGAAAUCCCCAGCCAGCUGUUUUCUGGCAAAAGGAAGGAAGUCAGAACCUACUCUUCCCAAACCAGCCUCUGCAGCCCAGCAGCAGAUAUUCCGUGUCACCGACCGGGGACCUCACCAUUACCAACAUCCAGAGGUCUGAUGCAGGCUACUACAUUUGUCAAGCACUGACGGUUGCUGGAAGCAUUUUAGCAAAGGCUCAGCUGGAGGUUACUGAUGUCUUGACAGAUCGGCCUCCGCCCAUCAUCCUCCAGGGCCCCGUCAACCAGACGCUGGCAGUGGAUGGCACAGCUCUGCUCAAGUGCAAGGCCACCGGCGACCCCCUCCCUGUCAUCAGCUGGCUCAAGGAAGGGUUCACCUUCCUGGGCCGGGACCCUCGGACAUCCAUACAGGACCAGGGCACGCUCCAGAUCAAAGCUCUGCGGCUCUCUGAUACUGGGACUUACACUUGCGUUGCUACAAGUUCCAGUGGGGAGACGUCCUGGAGUGCUGUGCUGGAGGUGACAGAAUCUGGUGGAGCAACAGUCAGUAAAAAUUAUGAUAUAAAUGACCUCCCUGGGCCACCAUCCAAACCUCAGGUCACUGAUGUUACUAAGAACAGUGUCACCCUGUCCUGGCAGCCAGGGACCCCUGGAAGCCUACCAGCUAGUGCAUAUAUCAUUGAGGCUUUUAGUCAGUCUGUGAGCAACAGCUGGCAGACGGUGGCCAACCACGUGAAGAGCACGCUGUACACUGUGCGCGGCCUGCGCCCCAACACCAUCUACCUGUUCAUGGUCAGAGCCAUCAACCCCCAGGGCCUGAGCGACCCCAGCCCCAUGUCAGACCCCGUCCGAACCCAAGAUAUCAGCCCCCCAGCACAAGGUGUGGAUCACAGGCAAGUCCAGAAAGAGCUGGGAGAUGUCAUUGUACGGCUGCACAAUCCUGUUGUGCUGACACCCACGACAGUGCAAGUCACCUGGACGGUGGACCGGCAGUCCCAGUUUAUCCAGGGCUACCGCGUGCUGUACCGCCAGACCUCGGGCCUGCCUGCCCCGGCCACGUGGCAGAACCUGGAGGUGAAAGUGCCCACCGAGCGCAGCGCCGUGCUCGUCAACCUCAAAAAGGGGGUCACCUAUGAGAUCAAGGUUCGCCCUUAUUUCAAUGAGUUCCAAGGGAUGGACAGUGAAUCCAAGUCUGCUCGUACCACGGAGGAAGCUCCAAGUGCUCCUCCUCAGUCUGUCACUGUCCUGACAGUUGGAAAUCACAACAGCACAAGCAUCAGCAUCUCGUGGGAUCCUCCCCCUCCAGAUCACCAAAAUGGAGUCAUCCAGGAGUACAAGAUCUGGUGCCUAGGUAAUGAGACUCGAUUUCAUAUCAACAAAACAGUAGAUGCAGCCAUUCGGUCUGUAGUAAUAGGUGGCCUAUAUCCAGGUAUCCAGUACCGCGUGGAAGUUGCUGCAAGCACCAGUGCAGGUGUGGGAGUAAAAAGUGACCCACAACCCAUAAUAAUAGGAGCUCGUAACGAAGUUGUCAUCACCGAAAAUAACAACAGCAUAACUGAGCAAAUCACUGAUGUGGUGAAGCAGCCUGCCUUUAUAGCUGGCAUUGGUGGUGCAUGUUGGGUCAUUCUCAUGGGUUUCAGCAUCUGGCUGUACUGGCGGAGAAAGAAGAGGAAGGGGCUCAGCAAUUAUGCUGUCACCUUCCAAAGAGGAGAUGGAGGACUAAUGAGCAAUGGAAGUCGACCAGGUCUGUUGAAUGCCAGUGACCCCAGUUAUCCUUGGCUUGCAGACUCUUGGCCUGCCACAAGUCUGCCAGUAAAUAACAGCACUAGUGGACCCAAUGAUCUUGGGAAUUUUGGUCGUGGAGAUGUUCUGCCACCAGUGCCAGGGCAAGGAGAUAAAACUGCUACCAUGCUUUCUGAUGGGGCCAUUUACAGCAGCAUCGACUUCACCACCAAAACCAGCUACAACAGCUCCAGCCAAAUAACGCAGGCUACGCCAUAUGCCACCACCCAGAUCCUGCAUUCCAACAGCAUCCACGAGCUGGCUGUCGAUUUACCAGAUCCACAGUGGAAAAGCUCAAUUCAGCAAAAAAAUGACCUCAUGGGAUUUGGUUACUCUCUCCCAGACCAAGGCAAAGGCAACAAUGGUGGCAAAGGAGGGAAAAAGAAGAAAAACAAAAAUACUGCCAAGCCCCAGAAAAACAAUGGUUCAACCUGGGCCAGUGUUCCCCUCCCACCCCCUCCUGUGCAGCCACUUCCAGGCACAGAGCUGGAACACUAUGGGGUGGAUCAGCAAGAAGCAGGAUAUGACAGUGAUGGUUGGUGUCCACCUUUGCCAGUUCAGACCUACCUGCAUCAGGGCAUGGAAGAUGAGCUUGAAGAAGAUGAUGAUCGUGUCCCCACACCUCCUGUCCGGGGAGUAGCUUCAUCUCCUGCCAUCUCCUUUGGGCAGCAGUCGACUGCAACUCUCACGCCUUCCCCACGAGAGGAGAUGCAGCCAAUGCUUCAAGCUCACCUUGAUGAGUUAACAAGGGCUUACCAGUUUGAUAUAGCAAAGCAGACAUGGCACAUCCAAAGCAAUACACAACCUCCUCAGGCUCCAGUUCCUCCCCUAGGAUACGUAUCUGGAAACCUUAUUUCAGAUUUGGAAACAGAUGUUCCAGAUGACGAUGAUGAUGAGGAUGAUAUUGAAGAAGAAACUGUAGAAAUCAGUAGGCCACUAAGAGGUCUAGAGCAUACUCCAGGCUCCAGUAUGGACAAUCUAGACAGCUCUGUAACAGGUUCAAUGGUAAAUGGAUGGGGUUCUGCGUCUGAUGAGGACCGUAACUUUUCUAGCCAUAGAUCUAGUGUAGGUAGCUCCUCAGAUGACUCCAUCUUUACCAGCGGCACUUUUGCACAAGCACUGGUUGCAGCAGCAGAUAAAGCUGGGUUUAGGCUGGAUGGAACCAGCCUGACAAGAACAGGCAAAGCAUAUUCUUCCUCUCAGAGACCUCGGCCAGGCAGUCCUUUUUCCACUGACAGCAACACGAGUGCAGCUGUCAGUCAGGGUCAGAGGCCGAGGCCCACGAAGAAACACAAGGGCGGGCGUUUGGAGCAGCCCCCUCUGCCUCAUCGCCGCGAGGGAAUCACGGACGAUCUUCCACCACCACCCGACCCGCCCCCCGGUCAGGGUUUAAGGCAGCCCAUAGUGCCCGGCCAGCGCGGAGGCUCUGCCGAGAGGAAGGGGAGCUCUCUGGAGAGGCAGCACGCAGCAGCCAACGUAGAUGACACAAAGAGCUCCCUGGACCGGCCCGCUAGGACAUCACUAGAGUGGCAGCGGCAAGCCCAGGAGUGGAUAAGCUCUACAGACCGCCAAGAGGAUUUCAGGAAAGCCCAACACAAACAAGCCUUCGGAUCAGAAGAGGCACUCGUACCAUAUAGUAAACCCAACUUCCCAUCCCCUGGUGGCCACAGCUCUUCAGGAACAUCUUCUUCUAAAGGAUCAACUGGACCCAGAAAAGAGUAGUUGAGAAGACACAUUGCAAGCUGCUCUGAUGGACCAUCAGGUCUGAACUCAUGGAAGUGAUGACACUAAACAGUGCAAUGAACAUUUUCUUUAUUUAUGUACUAUUAAAAGAACUGUAAAUGCAAUGUAAAGACACACAGCCACACAUAUCCUACAGAUACUUUACUUGUGUUCUUCUCUUUAAUACACCAUCCACCUUAAACUAUUCCUUGUCAGGAGUAUAUAAAAAAAGAAAGAAAAAAAAACAAAAAAACACCCUCCAGGAUUAAAAGGAUUUCCUUCUGUAUAUAAUUUCUUUUGUUGCAUUGCUAUGCAAGCUCACCUUCUUUUUAGCUAUGUUCAUAUUCAUGUCUGUUUUUACUGGUCUGUUGUACUAUAUGUGAAUUAAUAGGCUGUGGUGCCAUAUAUUAACUUUUAAUUGUGUAACUUUUAUGUUUAAAGUUUGCACUGCAAUUUUAUUUGGUGAUAAGCACAAAACUCUACUCCUCAUGACAUGAAGAAAAAAGAGACUGAAUGUGUUAAGAAGGUUUACAUCCUGUAAACUGCUUUGGAUAAUUCGGGAUGUAAAGGAGUAUGUUAGGUGGUUUUCCAUUGGGGUGUAGAAAUGAGAAAGUGACAGGCAAAACUGAUGUCAGUGAAGACAUUAGAGACAGAUUUAAACCUUUUAAAAGCAAGCAACAUAGUUGCUCUUCCUAUUUAAGAAGGGGUCAGAAGUUGGAAGUGUGAGAUUAAAGAGUGAAAAUGAAAACAAAAGGUAGCAUGAGAUGGCCUAGACCCUUUCACUAGAGUGAUACCCUUAGUAUCUGCUAUUAGCCAUCCCAUGCCACUAAGGGGAAGAAAAACAAACCUUGCUACAAGUAAAAGAACUUAAGGUGUUUCACUAAAGCUGUUUUAAUUUUUCAGUUUUAAAAGAAUUAUUACCAUUCAUUUUACCAGCCCAAAACAUAGGACAGAGAUUUUUCAAGAGAAAUAAACCACAUAAACACAAGGAAUACCUAGUAAGAAGAUAAGAAUGCAAUUUAUUACUAAGACAUAUUCAGGCUGCUUCCAAAAAACUGAAAUGUCAGAGUAUCUUAUUUUAUCUUUCCAAUACAUGUACAGUAUGAUAGAGGAUAAAGCUGCACCACUGAAAUUCAUGACAUUAAUUGUUUUGAUGCAGUCUACACAACCCUUUCUGUUCCAUACCUGAAGCCUGUAAGAGCUGGAGUUGGAUCCACUAAAUUUGUGGUAAAAUGUUCAGUUUUUGGAAGGAAAGCAAUGGUCAAAUUAUUUUUGACUUGCAGUAAGUAUACUUCUGGCAAUACAAUACAUCCAAAAAGUUGGAUAUAAGCAAAGGAAGUCUUUGACCUGUGUUUUAGGGAGUGGCUUCAAACUCUACUAUGGCGAGGAAAUGACGCAUGUUUAUACAAUUUUUGAAUAAACCAGACUCUGUAAGUGGACAUUAAUGACAGCAUCCUGUCUCUUCAUUAAGUUUCAUGACUUUGUCCAAGUCUUCUUUACCUCUCAAAUCUCAAAGAAUAAAUUCUCAAGCUUUUCUUAGAAUAUUGUGUGUGGCUAACCCACCCAUUACUUUGAUGCUUAAUUUAAAUAUUGCAUCUUACAGCUUAUUUCUGUUAGUUAUCUGACCAUGACCACAAGUUUCCAUUGAAUACCCUUUUCAUAUAACCAGUCUAUGUUGUUUUAUAUUUUGCCUUGGAGCUCACCAGUAUUAAGAACACUUUUUUGUCAUGGCAGAAUUUUAGAAAAGUAAAUUACGAUGCUAAAUAUGUGUUGCUUUUCAUUUCAUUAACUUGUUCCAUGAUAAGAUAAAACACGACAGCCAUCAGCUAUAACUCAGCACUAUGGAAUAUUGAAAAAUGCUAGUUAGCUCCCUUAAGGUCAAGAUGUGUUAUUUAGCAAGAUGAAAACAAAAAAAAAAAGGUUGAGGGAAAAAAGUAUGAAUUUAUUUACUUAUGUGACCAAUGAGUAUAUGCCAUUUUCCUGCUUGUUAGAAUACUAUAGUUAAAAACAUAACUUAAAAAUGUGCAAAAAUGUUCAAGUGAGAUAAAGAAUGCAGCAUAAUUACAUGUGCAUGGUCUUUAUUUUGGUACAUACCAUAUGAAGAGAAGACUAUUCAGAGUACAAUUCAAAUUUAAUUUUCUGGAAAAUGUUUAACUCAGCCACUGAUAGUUGUUUUUUCCCCAUUUAAUUCAAAAGCUUGUGCUGAGCUUUGGUGGAACACCUUACUCACUCUGUUCUAUUCAAAAUUCAGUAUCUUUAGAAGUUGAUAAAGCCAUUCCAAUUACUUUCAAAUAUGUGUUUUAUCUCUUCCACUGGAAAGUAAAUGUGUGUCAGUAUUAAAGCUGUUCAGUACCAUGAUAUUCACUAACUUGUCCAUCUGCUUCUGUACAUUUUUGUUCAUUAAUAAUUUGCUUACAAUAUCACAUAAGGUGUUGUUGUGUAUGGCAAAGUGUCUCCAUUAUCUUACAGGUGAUGUCUCUUCUUUUUUUUUUCUCUCUCUUUUCUAUACAGUGUACUUCCAAUGAACCACAGUACAUAUUUUUUAAAAUGCCAUUUAAUUUACUAUUUUAAAAGAAGUAUUCUUCUUUUUUUAAAAAAAAUGAAAACAUUUAUUGUGAAUAAUGUGUUUAAAGAAAAGGGAUGUUGUGGCAGCACUUAGAAUUGUUUUUUAAUUUGCUUUUUUUAAAAAACUGUUUAUUGGCUACAGUUUGUUCACGAAAAAGUAUGACCUCUUAAUGUGUUUCAUUGGUAUUGUUAGUGCAGCAAAGUUUAAUUGGCAUAAAAAGUUGGUUAAUAGUACUGUUGAAGUGUGUAUUGUAUAUUUACUGGGGAAAAAAUAAAACAUAUUCACAUUUCAAAUCUAUGUUAAAAGACCUUGAGUAAGGAGUCAAUAUGUGAAAACCCAAACAGGGAAAAUCAGGCAAUAAUAACAUAGACUGAGCUAUAAUCAUCACUGUCCACUUACAGGUGACAAGGAACAUUUUAUACACUUUUUUUUUAACUAAGCUACGAGCCAGUGGUAAACAUUGCCUGUCCUAGGGGUUUCUGUUCAAUGUCCUGUCUCUCCUGGAACAGUUGUACCACUGUAAUGACACUGAUACAGCUAUUCCAGUGAAUAUUCUGCUUGUAGCUGUGUUCUCAGUGUGGGGCAAGCCCUGAGGAGGCACAGCUGGCUCUGCCUAAAGCCCACAGAGCAGUGGAUGUGUAAAACCUGGUCUGAACCCUCAGACCUGGGGUUUGGUACUGGUGGAGCUACUGCCAACCCAGUACAGAAUAUCCCAAAAUGUAUGGAUAGGUCAGUUUUUCUUGAUCUUUGUGCUGAAUACAUGCUCAAUUUUAAAUGCAGUAGGGCUGAAGGACCAAAUAAUGAAUUGUUCCAUGUGCUUCAGUGGUGUAUUGCUGUAUGAGCAGCCAUUUCAGUGAUGCAAGGAACAGACAUUCCUUUUUUGAUGUUCCUUUUUUUGCUUUUUUCUUUAUUUGUCAAGUACGUACCCAAGUCAGUAAUCCUUUAGAAAACUUUUUGGUUGUCACCUGAAAUGCAACAGAAACACCAUUCCUUGGGAAAAGUACUAAAGAUAAGGUGCAUGGAAUGUGUUUAAGUAUAUUAAUUUAACUGUACAACAGUGCAAAAGGAAGACAUGACUGUUUGAAAUAAUUAUAUGCUGGUUGAUGCUUGCCUCAGCCCAUGCAUUGCCAGCCACUAAAAGAAGUGUGUACUGAGGCUGAGAAAGAGUCCUCACAGCUGAAAGAGGAAAGGGAAUAGGGCUGGGGGAGAUUUUGGCAGGAAAUACAAUUUAAAAAAGAAAAAAUUACAGGCAGCUCCUUUGACUUGUCUACAAUUUAUGCAGUUUGGGGUUUUUUUAUGGUUAAUGGCCUUGUGGUGUCUUAGCCGGGGAGCUAGAAAGAAAAAAGUCAACCUUUUGUAAAGAUGGGGGGUACUGGUUUGCUGAGGGGGGAUUUUUUAAUUUAAUUUUUAAUUUUUUAGCACAUGUUUUGUGUUCCAUUUAUCUGGAACACGCUAACUAAAAAAUAAAUUGUUUCUGAAAACCAUGUGGGGAGCGGACAAUUCAUUUAGGAGGUAAAUUCAAAUAGCAGGAAAAAGGGCAAAAGUAAUGCUAAAAUAAAUAACACAUACUGAUUUAGGAACAGCCAAGUCCACCACAGUUUCCCAUGCAAUUUUGAACACAAUGAUAUGAAUAAACUUCAUUGCUUUUGCUUUCCAUACCAAAACAAAUUACCCAAAGUCCAUAGGAGGGCUAGAU